ACUGAUGGAAUGAGCUCUUCCGCAAAUGGAGUCACAACUGACGGAAUGAACUCUUCCACAAAUCCACUGCUCUUGGUCCAGGAGAAUAAAACUUGGAAUGAAGCCCUGAGAUACUGCCGAGAUAACAAUAUGGAGCUGGUGUCUGUCCACAAUGCUGAUGUCCAGAAGUGGGUGGAGGAGACGGUGAAAAAUGCCACCAGUGGCCAUGUGUGGCUGGGUCUGCGUUAUACCUGUGUCCUAAACUUCUGGUUCUGGGUCAGCGCACAAUCCAUUCAGUACGAACACUGGGCUCCCAGCAAUGAGACAGGAGCCAUAGACUGUGGAACUACAGGAGCUGUGAAAUCUUCAGAAGGUUAUAAGUGGGUCCCUCUCCUUGACACUGAGAAGCUCAACUUCAUCUGCUACAAAUGUUUGUUAGUCUGAUCCAAGGACCUGUGGUUAGUACCUGGAUUGUGUUCACCGUGUAAAUGUGAGCAGAUGUUUGAAUGUUUAUUACAUAUAGUUUAGAUUCCUUUGCUGUGGGUUCUUUAAAAUUUUAAAUCUGUACACUGAACACAGACAUGUGUGAACAGAAAAAGUGAAGAUUAAUUUUUUAGUUUUUAAUUUUCUUAACUUUGAAUAUAUUUGGAAAAG